AUGUCAUCGCCUCUGCCUCCGCCACCUCCACCGCAGUGGGUGGUGACGAUGAACUCACCACUGCCGCGUCCCACCAAAGCCGCGUCCAGUCUUCCGGAUCCACCAGGCUUCUCCAGCGGCCGGGGAGGGAAAGUGCGCCAACAACAGCAACACCAACCGAUCGCAAAGAAAGCCGAAGAAACCGAUGCCUUGAAAAUGAAGAAAGCCUGGGAGAUUGCCAUUGGCCCCUCUAAGCAGCUUCCCAUGAAUGCCAUUAUGAUGUACAUGUCUGGCAACAGUCUCCAGAUUUUCAGCAUCAUGAUGGUCUUUAUGCUAUUCAAGGGCCCCAUUCAAGGCCUGAUCAAUACCAACGAGGCUUUUGCCAGAUACGAGACACCUUCAACGCGCGGGCGCCUGGUGGCCGUAAAACUGGUCUAUGUCCUGAUGCAACUGUUACUGCUGGCAUUGGGGAUUUGGAAAGUGAAUGCAAUGGGACUUUUGCCAACCACGAGAUCAGACUGGCUUGCGUGGGAAUCGGAGAGACAGCCUCUAGAGCGGGCAUUUUUCGCGCUGAAGGGAUGA